AUGUGGCAUCAAAUUCAAUCUUUUCAAAUCCGAAUGGAGUUGGUUAUCUUGGCAAUAGCAAUAUGCGACACCGCCAGGAUUGUGAUUACCCCAACAUUGAUGGAGGACAAAGUCAAACGCGUUUAUGUCCCAACAAGCGAUGUGGCCAACGACAGCGUGUUGUUGAAAAAGUUUUACAAUAAAAAAAUGGUGGAAUGGGAUCAAAAUUACAGUUACGUCAACAUGCCACUAGCCGUGAUGGCUACCAUUUUCUUCGGUGAGCUCAAACAUUCGUUGCACGUACACCCGGUUUAAGGCUCAUUCAGCGACAAACACGGGCGUAAAGUCCCAAUGAUUGCGGGGCUUCUGGGGAUGUUCGUCGGGAAUAUGAUCUACAUUUUUGUUUGGUGGGACAACACCGAUUGGCCAUUGGCGUGGCUCUUUCUCGCUGCGGUUUCGAAUGGGAUUACCGGAGGUUUUCGGAUGGUUACGUCCUCCGUAAACGCAUAUCUAUCAGAUCAAUUCGAAGUGAAGAGGGUGGUAAGUUCAUUGGCAAAGUUUUCGUUUCUGAAAAUCCUCGCCGUUUGCAUAGCUUUUUCAGCUAUCAAUCCGAAUGAUCAUCACCUACACUAUUCUCAAUGUCGGCGAUCUUAUUGGCUCUCAACUGACCAAACUUUUAUCCCAUCAGUUCCACGAAACCACGGCGGCCUUCGUAAUGCAAGCCAUCAACCUCAUAGUUCUUUCCUACGUCAUUUUCUUCGUUCCGAAUAUCAAAGACCAACCAAGGGAUUACCGCUUUGCAAGGAUCGCAAAAGACGGCUUACUUUCGAUGUGGGCAUCGGUAAAGGUGGUAAUCAGACAACGUGAAAACUACAACCGAACGUUGUUGUGGCUAACAUUCACUUGCGUACUCUUGAAUCGGACGGCCUUCAAUGAGGAGAAGGAUCUUAUUGGAACGUACACUAAACUGGAUCCGUUUCACUGGACAACCGAUGAUUUUGCCGAAUAUAAAUCAUACCGGCCUUUCACACGUAAGUUUUAGCAAGAGAACCACUCUAAAAAUAUGGAAGGUGAUCUACAAACUUUGUUUUUCAAUCCAGUCAGAAGCGGCAAAUUCAGUCCGGAGUUAACUUUGCACUGAAUUUUUGUCUGAACUGAAAAAUUUAAAAAUCACCUCCCAUAUUUUCAUUAUACUGAUACCGUCGAAGCGUGGACAGUGCGUGACAGAGAUGGAGCGGUCAAAAGCGCCUCCGAAAGCAUCCAAAAAGCCUUCUGAAUACCUCUAAAUACCUCUCCUCCAACAGUACAGUGGGGGACCUGAUCCAGUUGCAAAAAACGUACCAUUUUGCAUCCGGCAAGGAUCAAAAAUGUGGCAAAAUGCUUCCCUCUCCAAGUGAAAAAACUUCGUUUUGAACGGCGCGCCCUUUCCCUCACAAAAAGAGCGGGCGCGCUUUUGAAAUCGGAGUUUUUUCACUUGGAGAGGGAAGGAUUUUGCCACAUUUUUUGAUAUUUCCCGGAUGCAAAAUGAUACAUUUUUACCACUGGAUCAGGUCCUCACUGUAGCGCUCUUUUGAAGACAGAAAGCGACAUUAGGCGCUCUCGUCAAAAGAACGGUAUUUUUGGGGCCACAGAAAGAAGUAUUUGGCGGGUUUCGGAAUGCUUUAUUGAUGCAAUGGAAAACGACUUUGAGCUCGUCGAUUUAUCACAUCGUAUUUUCAUAGCAAAAACAGUCGAUUUAAGAAAUCAUUGGUCUGCUCUUUGGCUUAUUUAUCCUCAAAAAACUGCUAAAACUCAAGGAUACAACGAUCGUAAUUAUUGCAACCGUUUCCAUGGGGAUUGAUUCGUUAUUAAUUGGACUAGCCACAAGUUCUUUACUGAUCUACAUCAGCAUGGCGGUCGGUUUUAUGCAUGCUCUUACCAACCCGCUGAUCUUCACUUUGUACAGCUGUUUAGUUGAUGGACAAGAGGUAAGAACGUGAAGAUUGAAUUGACGAAGCUAUCUUUUUAUAGACAGGAAGAGUAUUCGCUUUGGACUCUAUACUUCAGCAAGUUGCCUCUUUCCUCAAAACCGCGGUUUUGCAGACAAUUUACACCCACACUUUGAACUGGUAUCAGGUGAGGGUAAUUUCAGCGUGUACUCGAGCGCUCAAAAGUCCUGACAAUUUUCGCACCGUGCGAAAGUUCGGGUUUUAGACGUCGCGCCCGCAAAUUCGGGUUUGACGCAAGCAAACGUGCACGUCGCACGUCAAACUGAGGAGUCCGGUGACCGGAAUAGACUCUUCGCUAUCGGUUUUUUACAUUUCGUCUUGAUUUCCAGAGAAAGAGAGAAAAAAAGACACGUAAAAACGUACUCUCUCGCCCCAAAAAUUCCCCAUUUCUCCCCCGACAAAACGUUUUUUCGCGUCUUUUUUUGGCAAAUUGCCAAUCUAUUCACCGGACUGUUUUAGCUUAUCUCAGUUUGACGUGCGUCGCUAGUGCAAAAACGGGAAAUUACGGCGACAAAUGCGAAAAAUCCAGCGUGCGGAUGGAAUUGAAAGAAGAAUGCACGGUGCGAAAAUUCUCGGGACUUUUGAGCGCGGGGUAAGAAAGUUCGCGUCCCCACUUUUCGGGUCGACGACAGUUCGAGUCAACAUAAAAACCGAUCGACACGCUGCGUAGGGCAUGUGGAUGCAUAAAAAGGGGUUGUAGAAAGUGGCUACGAGGCCUGGCAAAGCCGUUGUACGGUCGGCGGACGCUCCGCAAAGGCUUGACGAAGGCUCUGCUCACUUUUUCUAAUAUUAGCUAUUUAUCACUAACGUUAGUUCUCUUUACCCUGAGUUAUUGUAACAUGUAAAAGACCAAAAUUUGCGGCAAAAAACGAAGAUCCGUAACUUUUAUCCAGAUAUUACCGAAGUGAGUAUUAUGUAAAAUACCUCAAUAGGUAAUAUGCCAUUCUAGGACCCGAUCAAUCUUAUUAUUUCCACUAACUCAGCCUCCUCCUUCCCUCCCCCAUGCAUACGACGACGAACCGAGGCGGUCCAUAGUAUCGUUGACCCGACUGUCGCUGACCCGAAAAGUCGCAGCGCCAAAAAGUUUAUCUUGGUCCCCUCAACCAUUUUACCCUUCAGGGAUUCAUCUGGAUAAUCCUCUCAGUUAUGGCCAUAAUAUCCGCAAUUAUUAUGACCGGUAUCCACGUUGUUCUUCACAAGUCAAACCCAGAUAUUGCCAUCUAA